UUUAUUUUUGAGGUCAUUCAUCAACAACACGAUUUUACCCGAUGCGCAACCGAACGGGACCGAACGUCAUACGAAACGGAAAGAAGGGGCGAUGUUGCAUUAGCGAAGAAAGACAGCUGUCGUUUCAUUUUCAGCUGAUUUCUGUGUACGCUGGUGAGCACUGCAAACUUGACCUGCGAUCGAAGCCUUGCGCGACUGCCCGAGUCCCAUCGUCGAGUCGACAGCAUCGGAUCGAGAACGAGAAGGCGUCGCGAGAGAACAACGGAGAAGCAUCAUUCUGCAGCGACGAACAAAGAGAGAUGGUCUAUUGAGUGCGGGCAGUGCGUAGCGGGCGGCCGUGACGUCACGAGGCCGCAGCGUCGAGUCCGAUGCGGCGGGCGCGCUCGUGAUCUCGGCGCUCCGGGGAGCGCGGCGAGGACGCGCAGCGGAGCGGGCCAGCCUGGCCUCCACUGACUCGGGGUCGGGGGACGAGGGCGCAGGCCACCGGCCGCCGCGCAAGCGGACCCGCAGGCUGUCGCCGCCCGCCCAGCCCGCAGCCAUGCACCAGCCGCACCAGCCCGUGGCCAACGGCGCGCCGCACCACCUCAACGGCGACGCGGCCGCCAGCAACGGCGACGUGCAGCCGCCGGGCCUGCGCAUGAGCCAGACGGACCAGGAGAUCGUGCGCCUCAUCGGCCAGCACCUCAUCUCUGUUGGACUCGAACGCAGCGCGGCUCUCCUGAUGGAGGAGUCGGGGCUGCACCUGGAGCACCCGGCGGCGGCCACGUUCCGGCAGCACGUGCUGGCCGGCGACUGGGUCAAGGCCGACCACGACCUGCGCGCGCUGCACGACCUGCUGCGCGACUCGCCGCACGUCGACCCCCACAACCUGGCCGAGAUGAAGUUCGUGGUGCUGGAGCAGAAGUACCUGGAGCACCUGGAGGCGGGGCGCGCGUUGGACGCGCUGCACGUGCUGCGCAACGAGCUCACGCCGCUGCAGUUCGACACGGCGCGCGUGCACCGCCUGUCCGCGCUCAUGAUGUGCGCCGACCCCGGCGAGCUGCGUGCCCGCGCGGCCUGGGCCGGCGGCGCCGCCCGCGCUGGGGUGUUGGCGUGCGUGCAGCAGGCGCUGCCGCCGGCGCUGAUGAUGCCGCCGGCGCGGCUGCGGGCGCUGCUGGCGCAGGCCGCGGCGCACCAGGCGGCGCGCUGCCGCUUCCACGCCGAGCCGCGCGCCGACCCGCGCCCCGACCACGUGCCCUUCACGCUGCUCGCCGACCACCACUGCGAGCCCGACCGCUUCCCCAUACACUCGCUGCAGGUGCUAAACGAGCACUGCGACGAGGUGUGGUACUGCAAGUGGUCGCCGGACGGCAGCAAGCUGGCGUCGGGCUCCAAGGACAACACCGUCAUGAUAUGGGACUUCGAUCCCGUCGCCAGACGUCUCACGUUUAGGAAGUCGCUGGAGGGGCACUCGUACGGCGUGUCGUUCGUGAGCUGGAGCCCCGACGGGCGCUUCCUGCUGGCCGCCGGGCCCGAGGACUGCCCCGACCUCUGGAUAUGGAACAUGCAGACGGAGCAGCUUCACCUGAAGAUGUCUCACUCGCAAGAGGACUCCCUGACGGCGGUGGCGUGGCACGCGGGCAGCGACAAGUUCGUGUGCGGCGGCGCGCGCGGACAGUUCUACCACUGCAGCCUCGACGGCGCGCUGAUCAACAGCUGGGACGGCGUGCGCGUGAACGCGCUGGUGUGCCGCGGCGACGGGCGCACGGUGCUGGCCGCCGACACGCACCACCGCGUGCGCGCCUACGACUUCACCGACCUCACCGACCGGAACGUGAUCCAGGAGGAGCACGCGGUGAUGGCGAUGACGCUGAACGCGGCCGACACGCUGCUGCUGCUCAACGUGGCCAACCAGGGCGUGCACCUCUGGGACAUACGCGCGCGUGCAUUAGUGCGGCGCUUCCGCGGCUUGAGUCAAGGCCACUUCACCAUCCACGCCUGCUUCGGCGGCGCGCACCACGACUUCGUGGCCUCCGGCAGCGAGGAUAACAAGGUGUACAUCUGGCACAUAAACGGCGAGGAGCCGAUCGCGGUGAUCUCGGGGCACACGCGCUGCGUAAACGCCGUGGCUUGGAACCCGGCGCACCACGAUGCGCUCGCCUCCGCCUCCGACGACUACUCGCUGCGGCUGUGGGGCCCGCGCCCCAAGCACUCCUAGGGCCCGCGCCCGGCCCGCCAUCCGACCCCCGUCUGCCCUCUGCGUAGGCAUGCAGAGAGGAUAACGCAGUACUGACAUUUUCCAAAGUCCUAUACGUGGCUUAAUAAACCCCGGAACUAGGGUUGCCAGGUCCAAAAACACAAAAGCCGGACUAUGUGCUUCAUUUGGCCGGUUAUUUUGGACGGACACGCAAUCAAAAAGCCUAACUAUGUCCGGCUUUAUCCGGACGCCUGGCAACCCUACUCGGAACUAACUUCCAGUCCCUGUCCUCUUUGGCCGAAAUUAAUACAGAUUCAAAGAUUUUAUUUAUUUAACGAGACAAUAGUGUCUUUAGAUAUCUGGGAACGUGGGCUGCCCUGAUUAUCCGAUGCUAAAGAUAAAGGAUCCAGGGAAUUUUUGAAAAGACAAUGCUAAAAAGUGUGCUCUUAACACAUUCUUCUUCAUCUUAACAGAUUAGCAGUGACUUAUUUUUUUAAAGAACCAACAUUUCCCUUUUAAUGAUUUUCUAAAAAAAAAACUUAUUAUUCUAUAUUAAACCUUCCCUUUGUAAUCACAAUCGCAUGGAACUAUUAAACCAAAGUAUUAUUUUUGUGAUUUUGAAUGAUUUUUUACUUGAUUGAAUGUUAUUAUGUCAAUGUACUAUGAAAACCUCUCUUAAUUUGCCUCUCUCUCUAACAACAAGAGCAAGCGAGAGCGAUCAGCCGUCGUUAUUCCGUCGGCUGGACGAUAUAUCGAGAUAUAUCACGCAUCCUAUUAUGUAAAUAACAUGAAUUUUAAUGACGGGGGUGUUACGGAUCGG